AUGAUGAACACCGAAGAAGGGAACAGGGUGACCGAGCAUAGACGAUGCGACGGGAACCGAUCGACAGUCGAACUAGUGACCGAGUUGUGCAACGACCGUGGCUGGGCGGCUAGACGAUACGUCCUGGUAGCAACCGGGUCAACGAAGGUCCUUGACUCAUCGGAAGUUGCGCGACACGCGAAAACCAACCCUUGGGCACGACACGGCACAGCGACCAAGGAGCAUCGGAACUGCUAA